AUGUCAAGACGAGUUCCCGUCGCCAAGGAGGCCAAACAUCUAGAAGUAACAGUCACCGUGAGGUCUUUUUAUUUCUUCCUCUGGCACAUACCGUUAAAUAUCAACGGUUCUUUUCAGUAAAUGUAAUUGCUAUUGGGAAUAAACUACCCAGGAAUGUGAAAACACUGCAAUAUUAUUCUUUGUUUAAGAGAACUGUCACUCAAUUUUUGCAUUGAGAAAAACCCCCGCAAAUUUUGGACGUUGAAUCCACUGACCGACUUUACCGUAACAAUGGCGUUUGUGGUCUUGUAGCAGCCUUUUCUCUGUCCCCUCGUUCUACUGUUUACGCGCCACGGCUGCGCUCGCUAACCCUCGAUUUGCACCCCCGUCCACGCCAACUCCUGGUCGAUAAUUUGAAACUACCUUCGCGUGGUCUCGGAGCCAAUCAACGCAGCUUUCUAUCGCUGAUUGGUUACAAGUGCACACACGGGACGCCGCCCUUGCGGACGUGAUUUUGAACAGACAGGACAUAGGCAAAAAGAACACAACACUUUUUUGGUGGUAGCGACACACUGAAGGCUCCGCAACUGACGCUCUCCAGAACGAACGGCUAUCUCUGCCACAAGCAUACAGCCAACUUACGGCGACCCGUCUGUGUACAGAAUGUACCCGUUCUCACAAAUUUCUGGCUUCUGUCACUAGACGGAGCAAAAUUAUUGUAUGUGGUUUAAGCUGAUCUCACGUCCUUGACCACUACAGUCUCUGGCCUCCUGGCCAGUCUUGCCAGGAGCUAUUUCUUUAGCCAACAGUAUCAGCUGUUCUUUGGCCCGUCUGCUCGGACCAGCCCCAACUUCAUGAAAAGAACUUGCGACUAAUAAUACCCGAUGAAGCGCAACCCCUCCAUUUUUGACUGUCGGUAGUUUGAGUCCAGCAAUUUCUUUUCCCCUGAACCCUCCAAACCACCAUCAACUUUAUUUUUGCUCCUUUUUGACAGGAGUUUUUUGAACUGCUGGUCGGAUUUGUGUUUAACGCUUCCCUGACAAUGCCUUUAAACUGACAUUAAAUACAUUAUUAUUAUGAUUAAUUUACAAGGGUACCCUAAGUUCCCGUCUGAAGCGUCUGCAAAUCAAUCCCAUCAACUGGGAAGACCUCACACGAGAUCGACCGACUUGGAGGAGGACAGUGAAAACAGGCGCUGCAAUCUACGAAGCCAACCACAUUGCCGCCGCGAACGCCAAACAAGAAGCCCUCAAAUCUCAGCUGCACUCACCUCGCAAUGCCAAAGCACAACCGCUUCCAACGUGUUCACGGUGUCAACGGCCCUUCAGGGCGCCAAGUAGACUUGUUAGGCACGUUCCGAUCAACUGCACCACUCGGGCUGCACCAACCGUCGUCCCUCCGUCUAACUCUCCCUCGCCCUCUACGCCGUCAACUAAUUCUGGCCGUCCUCCCAAACCAUCACUUCCAGCCUCCUCCUCCUCCUUCUCCUCCUCCUCCUCCUCCUCCUCCUCCUCCUGCUCCUCCUCCACUGCCUCAACAUCUGCUGUUGUGGCGUCAGUCAUGCACAUCAACACUACACUCAAUCAGGACACACCAACAAAAACCAACACUACAAUCGCCGAGACCAGGCGUGAGAAACAGGACUACACCUGUCCUCACUGCGACCGCAUCUUUACUUCGCACAUUGGCCUGGUCGGUCACUUGCGAAUCCAUCGCACAGAGACUGGCGCGCCAGUGCCUGGGUCACCAACCUGCAAUCGCCGCACUCGCCUCCACCGUUCACACUGUCCUUGCACAUUCAUGCAUCGCAUGAGCCAAUUCAGCCACAUGCGCAUCUACGAGAGCGAAAUUCACCGCAGUCCCGAAACAUUCAGUACACCCGCCAUGCCUACCCCUUCCCUCACUCCGUCGCCCUGUGCGCACACCUCCACCAGCUCCAUCACACCCAGUGCACACUGCACACCCACCACAAUGAGCCCCAUCCACAGGCUGUCGCUCAGUACGCCCACCACCACCAUCUCCGUAGCUGACACCGGCACCACCGACUUUUCGUGCCCACACUGCGACCGCAUCUUCACUUCACACAUCGGCCUGGUCGGUCACUUGCGAAUCCAUCGUACAGAGACUGGUGAACCAGUAUCUGAAGCACCAACCUAUGCCUGCUGCAUCCGCCUUUACUGUCGACACUGA